AGCGAGAGAGAGAGAGAGAGAGAGAGAGAGAGAGAGGGAGGGUUCGGUCUUAAGUCAAAGCGUCCACCGGCACACAGAGAGAAAGACGGAAGCGGCAGCGACUCCGACCACCGUCCGUGUCCGAGAAGCAGUGAGUGUCCGCCGGGUCAAGCUGCAGGGUCCAGCCGCCGGGUCUAUGGUUCUGCUCCGGCACAUCUCUAUCGCCCUGACCGCCGCCGUGGCUGCUCUGGGCUCCGCGCUCUUCAUCGCCCUGAACUUCUUCUACAAGAGGAAGGUAUGGUCUCCACAGGCGGAGUACUGCACGAUCAAAGAGGAGGAGGAGGAGCGUGGGAAGCGUCAGGUCCUGGUCCUCGGUCUCGACGGGGCCGGGAAGAGCAGCAUGCUGAUGGGUUUGACCCCCGGGGAGUCGGCGGCUAAAAGAGGCCGCUGCCGGCCCACACGAGGCUUCAACUUCAUGAGCCUGAACGCCCCCGCCUGUCAGCUCGACUUCCUGGAGAUCGGGGGAGGGGAGGACCUGCGGAGGUACUGGUCCGACUACCUGAGGAGGACUCACGUUCUGGUUUACGUGGUGGACUCAUCGGACCGGAGCCGCCUCCCGUUAGCUAAAGAUGAACUUCACCGCCUGCUGACGGUGGAGCCUCAGCUGCCCGUGGUCGUCCUGGGAAACAAACAGGAUAAGCCGGACGCCGUGAGCGUGUCGGAGCUGCGUGAAGCCUUGUCUCUGGGCUCCGUGACGGAGACGAGAAAGCUGUUCCUCUUGGCCGCCCAGCUGGGCUCAGACGGCGCCCUGAGGAACUCCUGCCGGGGCCUGGACGCCUUCCAGGACGUCCUGCUCCAGCUCGUCUGAUCUCUACCCGGCUCACAGAGAGGAAUCCUCGUCUUCCUUUUGACUUAUUGAAGCUUUGCGUUACGUGAGGCGGAGGAGGAGGGGGCGGAGUCAGCGAGAUGGAGCAGCACCUCCUCAUCUGCCUCCUCGCACGUUUAUAACCACGUCAGUUUGGAAAUAGCAGCUUUUAAAAACUCUUACUCAGCGAUGAAGAGGAGGUGCAGAGCGAGGAGGAUGAGGGAUUGUUCCCCUCCUGCCAACGACUCAGACUUUAUGUCGACCUGUGCGAGCGUGUAGAUGUGUUUAUAUUAGUCAGGUCAUAUUUGGGGUUUCCAGGUUGGAGUUCCAGGGGACUGAAAAAACACACCACCUACGAGAAUCUACCGCCUGUGUGUUUGUGAGAUUCCUGCUAACUCCUACACGGAGGCUGAUCUGAGGUUUUGGGGGAUUUAAAGGGACCUCCUGACUUUUAAAAAACAUUUUUUAUUUUUAUUCUCACGACUCGGUCAGGCUCGUGUGAGAACGUUUCGAUGCUUUUCACUUUCUUUGAGAGUUUUUUAAGCUCCAUUGUUUGAAAUAAGUUUUGUGUUUUUGUUCUUAGCUGUGAUUUAAGUCGUAUUGUCAGAAGUUCACAGAGUUAGAGAGUGAACUGAAUGUUUACAAUCACUUAUAUUAAUGUCCGUUAGCUUACCAUGCUAACGAAAAUUAUCUCCUGGUCAAAUGCUCCAUGUCCCUUUCCUCUUCUUGACAUGGUGUAUUUUAUUAAAAAAAUAUAUAUUAAUCAACCAGAUACAGAGUCACUUAUUAACAGCUUAUAUUUUAAAUUAAUAAAAUUAACAUUAAACACAUUGAGGGACAGGAAGCCCUAAUGGUUGUUGGUAAAGUGACGCUUUAAUCUCCUUUAAUUCAGACUCAAAGGACUUCCUGGAUCUGUGUUUUAGACCUGACAACACUCAAAAUGACAGCUAAUAACCCGAUUUAGGAGUCACUAAUGUUUACCAAGACUGUUAAAAAAUGUCCAUUAGCUUACCAUGCUAACGAAAUAAAACUCAUGGUCUCCCCCCCCUCCCCUCGCCCCAGCAUUUAGAGUUUCACAGAUCAAAACCAAAAUGGAUUCUCUCUUUGUCAACAGGCAAGGCAUGUCACUGCUCGGGACCCCUGGCCAGUAGGGGGCCUCCCGAGGGCGGACAAACUUUAAACUGUAGCAGAGGAUCAGAAUGUGCUAAUUUUACAAUGACAGUAGGAAACCUCCCUAAAGGGGCCCCAUCUGACAGUGUUCAAUGUUGUUGCGCUGCUAAGCGUUCCAGUAUCCCUGUGAGAACUUAAAGUCUUCAUAUGUGAUUUUUCACACUUAAAUGUAGAAAUCAAGUCUAUCCUCUGAAAAUAACUCUGUGAGUCAUGACUGUCUACAAUGGGUGUAACACCCGAGUCCCACUGUCUGUGAUGUUUUCAGAGUUUUCAGAGUCCUAUCUUCACUUUGUUUACAUCGCCCGGACGGCCGGCUGACUCCUCCCCUCGUGUAUAAAAGUUGUUUAAUUGAGGGACUAGAGAAAAGAAGAAUAACAUACUGUACUCACUGCUUAACUGUGUUUCUAGAUCACGCUCAUUUCAGGUAAAUUUACAUGCAGUGUGAAGAUACGAGCAGAAUAAAGAUCGCUAGCAUUAGCAUGCUAACACAACAAUGCAGCGCGAGUUGUUUUGGUUUCAUGCUGGUGCUCAAGGGCGACAUCUGCUGGAUCAAAAAAUCACAUGUAAAGCCUUUAAGUCAGUCCUUGAAGUUGGCGUUGGUGUUAGAAUAUCUUUAAAAUAACGGUUUGGACACUGGUUGGAGCGGCCACGACUGACUCGCCCUGAUCAUCACAGUUCCAAAGUCCAAACUGAUUAAAACUCAACAUUCGUUCAAAGUUUUCCCAAAGCAAAACAUUCAGAAGGAUUUCCAUUCACUAGAAGAGAUCUUUUAGUUUGGGUUUUAGUAACUCCGGAGCGGCAGCCUGGCAUUAUGAUUUUAUCUGCAGGAUUAUUGAUGAGAGCUGAAAUUGUUGAAACACAACCCUCAAACAUUCAGCGACGUCAGACAGCCAGACGUUGUUGUGUCUGAGUUUGUAACGUUCCCUCGAGGCGCUCGCAGCUCCGAUAGAUUCUCCGCCUUCUCCAGGAACUCAGUGUGGACAAACACGCUUGAACUUGUUUUUCUCCUGAUUUUGUGAAAACAAGAAGAGAAGUUUUAGUCUCCUCGCUCUGCUCCGUCAGCUGUUCGCUCCUCAGAUGAUCCGAGAAGGAGACGAGCAGAAACAGUGAAACUCAUUGAAUGUAAACUUCUUUAUCAGCUCGAUUCUGAUUGUUAAUGCUGUUUGUGUGCAGCCACGUUCUGAUCAUGAAGCAGCGUUUUUUAAAUGAAUGUUAAAGUUUUAUUCUUCUUUCUGACGCUCUGUGAUUCUGCAGAAAUGUCGUCGUCAUGGUUACUGUGUUGUGUUUAAUGUAAAGUGUUGUUUUCACGUGUUGUGUUAAAAGAUAUAACGGAUAUGAACUCAUGCAUGUUCUCUGAUAAAACAUUAAAAGUGUCAGGUGCAUUUCUGAA